AUGCAGCGGUGCAGACGUAACAUUCAGGCAGCCAACGGCGCCGGCAGGCGCGGGUACAGCGUUGCAGGUCUGGCUGCCCGCCUGGGUCUCGCGGCGCCCGCGGCCGCGGCGCCCGCCCCCGACGCCUGGGGCAUCGUCGGCCCGCCGCGGCACGCGCACGCCCCGGGCGCGAGGACGACGUCGACUUCCUUCACGUUCAACCCCCUUGCCUCGAUCGGGCCGGCGGGGACCGCGGGCCUCGGAGCGGCAGCCGGCGCGGGCGUGGGCGGGCAGAUCAUGUUCCGGAUGUGCACCCAGAUCGGAUGUGCGAUUCUUGCCUUCUGGGUCGGCGUCGCGACCCACGUGCUGUUCGGCCUUGCGGUGGCUCUUGAGCAAGGAUGGACGCGGGACGGCCCAGGCCACGAGCUGGACCACGCUGGCGAGCGUGACGCCAGUGCCUUGCCCAAGUUCGACCCCUUGAUCCCUUGCCGACGCCGCCAGCGCCGACGCCCGCUUCGCCCGCGCGUCGGAAGCGAGAGCGUGACGUCGAUUGUGUUGGUGCUGGUCCUGCCCGCCAGCGUGAUCGCCAUCGUCCUCCAGACGUUCAUCGGCUGGGGGUGUUGCCAGUGGUGUGAGACGAGACGCCUCGACGGAGCGCUGCUGGGACUGCUGGCGCUGGUGCAGUAUGCCGACGACCCCCGCUGA